AUGUCAGGCAUCGCCUCAGACGCGCAGCUCUUCGAGGACCACUUCCGGAUCGAGCGGCUCAGCGAGCCCAAGUACGACCGGGUGGACCGCAUCUACUGCACGUCGGAGGACGGCAGCAUCUCGAUGAGCCUGGACAUCAACAAGGAGCUGUUCCCGUGCAAGGUCGGCGAGGAGCUGCACGUGGCGCUGGCGACGUCGCUGCACUACGACGGCAGCAAGGACGACGAGCGCGGGUGGCGCGACGUGGCCAAGGCCGGCGCCAGCGACGCCACGCUGGCCGACAUCUUCGACUACGUCUGCUACGGCAAGAUCUACAAGUUCGAGGACGCCGAGGACGGGAGGACGAUGUGA